CCAAAACAAGAAAAUUACAAAUAAAUAUUGGUUUUCAAAAGUCAAAAUUCUUCACUCAUGAAAUCUGGGCGAUCCCAUACAUGAAAGUAAACGGACUUACCAUUGAUUUCCAGUUCAAUAUCAGUAACAUUGCGCCCACGUCGUCUCCAGAUUUCAACCCUAAAUAAAGUUCUCAGGUUUUGGGAAUUUCUUGAAAUUUCUUGAAGUUUCAGAAGAAGAACAAGAAGAACAAUGCAGAUGAAGUAUGUGAUUCAGAUGGAGGAGGCCAAGGAAGCCGCCGAGGACCGCCCAUCGGUGGGGGCGGUUUACCGGAGCAUCUUUGCCAAAGAUGGGUUUCCGCCUCCGGUUGAAGGCUUGGAUACCUGCUGGGAUAUAUUUCGAAUGUCUGUGGAGAAAAAUCCUGGAAAUCGGAUGCUUGGACGUCGAAAAAUAGUUGAAGGCAAUGUAGCUAAUGCUGGUGAAUAUCAGUGGCUAACUUACAAAGAAGUCUAUGACUUGGUGUUGAAAAUUGGGAAUGCAAUUCGCAGCAUGGGUUACGGACCAGGAGAAAAAUGUGGGAUUUAUGGUGCUAAUUGCUCUGAGUGGAUCAUUAGCAUGGAGGCUUGCAAUGCUCAUGGGCUUUAUUGUGUUCCUUUAUAUGAUACUUUAGGUGCUGGUGCCAUAGAAUUUAUAAUCUGUCAUGCAGAGAUUUCCAUUGCUUUUGUAGAAGAGAAGAAGAUCUGUGAGCUGUUGAAAACACUCCCCAACACAGCAAAGACUCUUAAAACAAUUGUGAGCUUUGGUAACGUUUCGAAUGAUCAUAAGGAAGAAGUCGACAAGUUCGGGUUGGAAAUAUAUUCUUGGGAAGAGUUUCUGCAAAAGGGAGAUAGCCAACAAUAUGAACUCCCAGUGAAAGAGAAAAGUGAUAUCUGCACUAUCAUGUACACCAGUGGAACAACCGGUGAUCCCAAGGGAGUACUGUUAUCCAAUAAUGCCAUUAUAGCACUUAUAGCCGGCGUCAAACAUUUGCUUACAUCUUUAAAUGUAGAGGUUCAAGAAAACGAUGUUUACAUAUCUUAUCUUCCGCUUGCUCAUAUCUUCGACCGGGUGAUCGAGGAGGUGUUCAUUUUAAACGGUGGCUCCAUCGGAUUCUGGCGUGGGGAUGUGAAAUUGUUAGUUGAAGACAUUGGCGAGUUGAAACCAACUAUUUUCUGUGCAGUUCCUCGUGUUCUUGAAAGAAUCUAUGGUGCUUUGAACCAGAAGAUAUCUUCAGGAAGCUUGAUAAAAAAAUCGAUGUUUAACUUUGCAUACUCGUACAAAUAUAACCAAAUGCAGAAGGGGAAAAAACAUGAAGUAGCAGCCCCACUUUUUGAUAAACUUGUGUUUGACAAGGUGAAGAAGGGAUUAGGAGGAAGAGUGCGGAUCAUUUUAUCUGGCGGAGCGCCUCUUGCAGCUCAUAUCGAAACUUUCUUUCGAGUCGUGACUUGUGCUCAUGUUCUACAAGGCUAUGGUUUGACAGAAACUUGUGGUGGAACAUUUGUCAGUCUACCAAAUGAGUUGCCAAUGUUGGGAACAGUUGGCCCUCCAGUGCCUAAUGUGGAUAUCUGUCUCGAAUCAGUACCCGAACUGGGAUACGAUGCUCUCGCUAGCACGCCUCAGGGUGAAGUAUGCAUCAAGGGAGAUACAUUGUUUUCAGGAUACCAUAAACGCGAAGAUCUUACCACAGAGGUCUUGGUCGAUGGGUGGUUUCACACUGGGGAUGUUGGCGAAUGGCAACCCGAUGGAAGCUUGAAAAUUAUCGACCGCAAGAAGAACAUCUUCAAACUUUCUCAAGGCGAAUAUGUUGCAGUGGAAAAUCUCGAGCUGAUUUAUGGCCUUGUUUCCGACAUCGAAAUGAUUUGGAUAUAUGGGAGUAGCUUCGAGUCCUUCCUUGUUGCUGUUGUUAACCCAAAAAAAGAAGCAGUUGAACAUUGGGCAGAAGAAAAUGGAAUCAAGGGGGAUUUUGCUGAUCUUUGUGGAGAUAGAAGGGCAAAAGAUUAUAUUCUUGGACAACUUUCAAAGAUUGCCAAAGAAAAAAAGUUAAAAGGUUACGAAGCUAUUCGAGCGGUUCAUCUCGACCCCAUCUUAUUCGAUAUUGAGCGUGACCUUCUUACUCCAUCGUUUAAGAAGAAGAGACCGCAAUUGCUCAAAUACUAUCAGAAAGAGAUCGAUGAUAUGUACAAGAGCGGGAGUAAGCCAGUUGCGUAAGGAAGAAGAUUGAAGAUGGGAAGGAUGUAAAGCUUCAUGUUUCUAUGGAAAUUCAACUCUUCCUCAUUUUUUUUUUAAAUGGUUUAGACAUUCAUCAU